CACAGCCAUCCGCAUGCUCGCAUCAGUCUCAUCAGGAUCCCGUCAGUCCAGUCAGUGCUACCAAGAGAAGGAACGAAAUUUCCUCCUGCCGCCCAGUCGCAUAUUAUUGUAUCCCCAAGCCACCCACCCCCCCAACAACCGGAGAAACAUCGCAGUUCGUUCUGUGCAAGGUUCGCGUGCGUGUGCUUCCUCGCAGUUCCAGUGUUUUAUUGCCUGUGUGUAACUACACUCCUUCCAUCGGUUCCUAAAUGCAUCCGCUUCUGGUACAGCCCUUUGCCAGCAAGUUCAGUCUACUGAAGCAACUCGGACGGUCAACAUCGGCAACGGUUCAGCGCUUCUCGUUUCACACCUCCAAGAUGGUCCAGAUUAAGGAAGGCGACAAAAUCCCAUCGAUCGAUCUAUUCGAGGACUCCCCGGCCAACAAGGUCAACAUGGCUGACCUGUGCGCUGGCAAGAAAGUGGUCCUGUUCGCCGUUCCCGGGGCGUUCACUCCUGGCUGUUCCAAGACACAUCUGCCGGGGUACGUUGACCGGGCCGAUGCCAUCAAAUCGUCCGGAGUGCAGGAAAUCGUUUGCGUUUCGGUAAACGAUCCAUUCGUUAUGUCCGCCUGGGGCAAGCAGCACAACACCGGCGGCAAGGUACGCAUGUUGGCCGAUCCGGCUGCCAUUUUCACCAAGCAGCUCGAACUUGGCGCCGAUCUGCCCCCGCUAGGUGGAUUGCGCUCCAAACGAUACUCGAUGGUCCUGGAGGACGGCGUCAUCAAGUCGCUGAACGUUGAACCCGAUGGCACCGGUUUGUCCUGCUCGUUGGCCGACAAAAUCAAAGUCUAAGGAUUUGGCGCGAUGGAUCACAUACCUAAAAUAAAUGAAUCGAAUUUAUCGACCAAAUGCGAUUAAUAAUGUGUCAUACCAAUGCACCGUGUUAGAGCACAACCAGUUGAACAAAAAAAAUCUGCAUGUGAUCCAGCACAUUACUGCUGCACCAACUAAAAUGUUGAAUCUAGUGUCUCGAUCGAGACAGACCUAUUAUAUCUAAAUGGAUCUAUUACUAAUUAAACUAAAAUUAUCUUUCCAAAGCAUUGGUGAUUGAAACGUUAAAAAGCAUAAUAAUUAAUCGAAAAUCAUCUUCAAGGCAUGCAACUUGAAGUUUUGCUAAAAACUACCUACCUAGGAUAUCUGAGAACUAAAUUCGUUAAGUGUUACUUUUAUAGGCCCCGAUUUGGAUAAAAUAAAUAUUUGCUACAGUUAAAACAAAA